AUUGUUAAGUCCCUUGUAAAUUUUGCACUGUAUUAAGUGCCACCAAAAUGUCGGAAAAAGAGAGCCCGAUUAAGUAUUUUGUAAGUGGAGGAUUUGGUGGAAUUUGCACCGUAAUUGCAGGACAUCCCUUAGAUACGAUAAAAGUUCGUCUUCAAACUAUGCCUUUGCCAGGUCCAAAUGAAGCAGCUUUAUAUACUGGAACAUUAGAUUGUGCUAAGAAGACAAUAGCAAAAGAAGGAAUACGUGGUUUAUACAAAGGUAUGGGUGCACCUUUAUGUGGUGUAGCUCCAAUAUUUGCUAUAAGCUUUUACGGCUUUGGUCUUGGUAAGCAAUUAAUAAGAAAGACUGAUGAUGAACAAUUGACACCUUUACAAUUAUUUGCUGCUGGUGCAUUUAGUGGCAUCUUUACAACCUUCAUUAUGGCUCCUGGUGAAAGAAUAAAAUGUCUUCUACAAAUUCAACAAGGCGAUGCGAAUCUAAAGUACAAAGGCCCUACUGAUUGUGCAAAACAACUUUACAAAGAGGGAGGAAUAAGAAGUAUAUACAAAGGUACCUGUGCAACUCUAUUGAGAGAUAUUCCUGCAAGUGGAAUGUAUUUUAUGACAUACGAAUGUACGAAAAAGUGGUUGUCCCCCGCAGAUGAAAGUCUUGGAUUAUUACCUACAAUAUUUGCUGGUGGUUUAGCUGGUAUUGCAAAUUGGGUUGUUGGAAUGCCACCUGAUGUGUUGAAGAGUCGUCUGCAAAGUGCUCCAGAAGGGACUUACAAACGUGGAAUUCGAGAUGUGUUUGUAGUUUUGAUGAAAGAAGAAGGACCUAAAGCCUUAUACAAGGGAUGCACACCUGUGAUGCUUCGUGCUUUCCCAGCAAACGCAGCAUGUUUUCUCGGAUUUGAAAUUGCCAUGAAUUUUUUGAAUCUGGUGUUACCUAAUUUAUAAAAGAAAUUUUUACAUAAAACAACUUUUUGCACUCGCCCAUCUUUGACAGCAAUUGAAUAUUGUACUA